GACUUCCACAGUUGUAUUUCACAUUUGUCAUCGUAAAUUUCGCUCUCUCACUAAACCCUCUCUCUCUUCCCAACCUGAAAAUCUCCACUACUGACUUCACUGUUCGCUCUUCUUCUUAUCUCACCCCCCUAAUUUUCCAUCACUUUCUCGGGAAAAUUCCAGCUGAAGAUUCUGACUUCAACAUAUACUUUCAGAGGUAUGUAUAAGAACCAACUGCAAGAGUUGGCCCAAAGAAGCUGCUUCAACCUGCCAUCCUAUUCGUGUAUAAGGGAAGGGCCAGACCAUGCCCCUCGAUUCAAAGCUACUGUCAACUUCAAUGGAGAAACUUUUGAAAGCCCUACUUUUUGCUCCACUCUGAGGCUAGCAGAACAUGCUGCAGCUGAGGUAGCUCUCAACACACUAGCAAGCCGGGGCCCUUCUAGAGCAUUAAUUGCUGGAGUUCUGGAUGAAACAGGAGUCUACAAGAAUUUGCUCCAGGAGACUGCUCACAGAGCUGGGUUAAAGCUUCCAGUGUAUACCACAAUUCGAUCAGGACCUGGCCAUGUUCCUGUCUUCUCGUGCACUGUCGAGCUUGCAGGAAUGAGCUUCACUGGAGAACCAGCUAGGACUAAGAAACAAGCUCAGAAGAAUGCAGCCAUGGCUGCUUGGUCUUCUCUAAAAAGAUUGGUUCAACACAGCACAUUAUCUUCCAAUUCAUCAACUUCUUCGCCAGUGGAGGCUAAAAGGAGCAGUGAAGAACAAGAACAAGUUGUUAUUGCUCGUAUUCUUGCAUCUUUACAACCAGCUGAGAUAAAGAACUCCAAGCAAAGUGAUUCCCAGCGAGGCCAGGAGAGAUUCAUCCCUGUCUGCAAGGACUUGACCCCUCCAAUACCAACUUUAUAUCCUGUGCAGUGCCAAGGCUGGGCUUACCCUAGCUUUACCCCUGAAAUGGCCAUAUACCAAAUGUGGCAGCAAGAAGAAUUGUUUCAGUUGCAGAACCGUUUAUUGGCAUUUCAAGUUCCACCUGUUUCCCCUGGUCCUCAAAUUCUUCCAUAUAUGCAGUCCAUACUCCAUUCAGAUUCAGUUCUAUUUGGUCCUCUGAGGGAGCAAGAACCUGUACCUGCAAGUCCCAGAAUUACAAUUGCUACGUCAAGACCAUUGUUCUUGGCAGAUCAUCAUGUCUCUGAUCCAAUCAAGGGAGAGUCCAAGGUGACUAUUAGGGAGAUACACGAGGAGAAACCGGAAGAACCAGUCCAAUGCUCUACAUCAGUUAUUCCAGAUCCCCCUGUUGUUGGGAAUUUCAAUGCUGAACCAAGAUUGAAGGACCCGGGUGACAUGGAUGACAAACAGAUGAAGGUUGAACUGGACAGAAAAGAUGAAAAUGUUCAGCCAGGAGAUAACCAAACUAGGCAAUUCGAGUGGGCUUCUUGCAGUUACAAAGAUUCUGGAUACAGACCUGCUGACUUCCAAGCACAAAACAUGCAGAAUUUCCACUCUUCUCGGGUUACUCUACAGUAUCCUCAAAGGGCAAGUUCACUCAGGAGUUUUAGACCAGCUCCAUCUGCAGCUCCUCCUGUAAUGAUCAGAUCUGUGAGGCCUGUACCUUCAUCUACUGUACCUCCUGCACUGAACAGCAAUACGGGACCUCCUCCAGUGCCCAAACUGCAAGAUUUGGCAGCACAAAUUGCUGCUCCACCAAGAAUGCGAACCGGAGGUCAUUCAUAUCCAGCCAGUCCCUUGCCUCAAAGAAUGAACCUUGGUGGUGUCCGCCCACGUUUCAUGGCACCAGCUGUUCGAAUAAGAUCGGUUGUGCCAGUCUGUUCGGCUCCUCCAGCAAGGAAAAUGCCAACUUCAAGCCAGGGGGCAGUGGUACCUGAUAGAGAGAGCAAAGAUACAGCGGCACCAGAAGACAUGACAGCAGCAAGUUCAGAGCUCAGUAAGCUUCGGAUAUGAGCGGGUUAUAGAUGCCAAAUAGCUCAUCUUUUUGCUUCUAGAUUUUACUACGAGCCCGCCCUGCGCAUUGCUGCGGGAUAGCUGGAGAAAAACAAUAGGAGAGAGAUAUUGACGUUGUCUGAUGAAGCUCUUUUGAUGGUUUUCCUGUUUUCAUCUCUAAGGUGGUCAAGAUCCUUAGGAACAGCUGUAUUUUAUCUAUUUAUUGACUGUGUCAGAAAGCAAUGUUUGUAAA